UCUCUGCUUUCGAAGUCAUGUCCCCUGUAUAUCAUCUUCCAACCCGCGACCAGUUCCGGAUUGCCAUCAUCUGCGCCCUACCCGUCGAAACAGAUGCCGUACGAAUUGUUCUGGACGAGACGUACCAGGCCCCUGAUGAUGAAAAUCUUUAUACCAAACCGCUCGAUGACCCCAAUUCCUAUACCCUGGGGCGCAUAGGCCCGCAUCCCGUUGUUCUAGUCCAAUUGCCCGGUCUAGGGACCCUGAAUGCCACGAUCGGCUCGGGCUAUCUGAGACGGCAGUUCUCCAAGGUCCACUUGGCCCUCGUGGUCGGUAUCUGUGGCGCCAUCCCCCGAUUGCCAGAUGGAACCGAUGUCUUCCUGGGAGAUGUUCUGAUCAGCGAAGGCAUCCCGCGUAAAGCGGACGCGGUGUCAGACGAACUGGUUCGAAGACCCUUCCCCAGCUUCAUGGAUACAGUUUUUCUCAACCAAAAAGGAAAGUGUUCGGUAGGCCCUAACGACUUCUCUCCUCAGACCCUCAACCACGCGCGCGACCUUCUAUUGAUGCAGCAAACCCUCGCCCGCUACCUGCAAGCCGCGCAGCUCUCGUCCGGCGAACCAAAAUACCACUACCCCGGAGCAGAUCACGACCGGCUCUUCCCGGCGCGCUACCAGCACCGGCAUCCGGACUCGAUGCCGUGCGAUCUGUGCAGCAGGUACAGUCGCACUGACGGUCCGGGCUGUAUCGAUACGGUCCACCUUUCCUGUAAGGAUCUGGAAUGCAAGCGCCAGGUGGGAGAAUCGAAGAUCCGAUGGCGUUCGGAUGUGAUUCCUUCUGGCACAGUACCCCGCCCGCGUAUAUUCUGCGGGGAUAUCGGAUGCACCGACUUGGUGAUGCGGUGCGGCGAGGAUAGGGACCGGUUUGCGGCGGAGCAGGCGGUUAUUGGGUUCGAGAUGGAAGGCGCCGGGGUGGAGUUGUAUCUCCCUGCUUCCGUUGUGGUGGUGAAGGGGGUGUGUGACUAUGCCGAUAGCCACAAGGAGAAGCGGUGGCAGCCGUAUGCGGCGCUCUCGGCGGCUUGUUGUGCCAAAGCGCUUCUUGCGGGGGUUGCUGGCGAAAGUCAAGGCUUGGAGAAAGAGGCCUGUGGUGGGGAUCAGGUGUCUCGGUCGGUCGCGCAAGGUGGGCCACCGUUUGGGGAGGACGAGGUGCCGUCUCGGUUUUGGAGGUUGUGUGUUGCCGUUUGUCUGGUCGGUGUGUUACUAUGUGUGUAUGUGUGGGAUGAAUGGUUUAGAAUGUCGAGCUUGUUCUGAACGGGUUCCCUCGACACGGCAGUCAUAAGCUUGUUCUAGAAGAGAGUCA